AACUCCGUCCAAAGUCCUCCAGUCUGCUGCUUCUGCCUCCACCACAGACAUCAUGACCGACUAUGAGGCUGCCACAGCCUUCCUCGGGGAGUGGGGUCGCUUCCAGAGGGAGGUGUUCGUCCUGCUCUGUCUGACCGUCGUCCCGAAUGGUUUCACCGGCAUGUCCAUCGUCUUCAUCGCCGACACACCUCAGCACCAGUGCCUAAUCCCUGCACACCUGAACCUGACCGCAUUGUGGAGGAACAGCAGCAUCCCUCAGGUGAUGGAGAGCCACAGUGGGAUGCUUGUGCGCAGCCAGUGCUCCAGGUACAGGCUGGAGGAGGUGAAGGUGUUCUCGGACAGAGGCUUGCUGCCAGGGGUGGAUGUCGACCUCUCCAAUGUGUCCACUGAGAGCUGUGUGGAUGGAUGGGAGUACGACCAGAGCCAGUACAUCUCCACCAUCAUAUCUGAGUGGGACCUGGUGUGUGACAACAGCUGGAAGAGCCCGUUGACUUCUUCCCUCUUCUUCUGUGGUGUCCUCGCUGGCUCCUUCAUAUCAGGACAGCUCUCUGACAGGUACGGGAGAAAAAUCGUGUUGUUUGUCACCAUGGGGGUGCAGGCGGUGUUCACAUUGUGUCAGGUCUUCUCUCCGUCCUGGACCAUAUUCUGCGUCUUUCACUUUAUUGUUGGGUUGGGACAUAUCUCCAAUUAUGUGGCUGCGUUCGUGCUCGGGACGGAGAUAUUGGGCCCAGGUGUUCGGACGAUUUUCUCCACAGCCGGUGUGAAUCUUUUCUUCGGAGCCGGCUACAUUCUGCUGCCGCUGUUUGCUUACUUCAUCAGAGACUGGAGGAUGCUCCUCCUCGCCCUCACGCUGCCAGGCUUCCUCUAUGUGCCUCUCUGGUGGUACAUCCCAGAGUCUCCUCGCUGGCUGCUCUCUCAGGGAAGAGUGGAGGAGGCUGAGGCCAUACUGAGAAAUGCUGCUAAGAGGAACAAAAUCGAGUCUCCGCCGGUCAUCUUCGGUCCUUUGCAGAAAGAACUUCAAUGCGCGGGGAGCAAGGUCCACAACAUCUGUGACCUGCUCCGUUCCAGAAACAUCCGCUGGAUCUCUCUCACGCUGUGGUUGGUCUGGAACACUGUGGCCAUCGCUUACUUUGCUCUUUCCCUGAACACGGCAAACCUUCACGGGAACGCAUACUUCAACUCUUUCCUGUCGGCCGUGGUCGAGAUGCCAGCCUACAUUCUGUCGUGGGUGAUGUUUCGCUGGUUUUCCAGACGACUGAGUCUUUCCUCAACGCUCUUCAUGGGUGGAUUGUUUCUACUCUUCAUAAAGCUCAUACCAUCAAACCUGGUUUAUCUCGGCAUAACGCUUGAGAUGUUGGGGAAAUUUGCCGUGACUGUGGCGUUUUCGAUUGUGUACGCGUACACAGCAGAACUCUACCCAACCGUGGUUAGGAACACGGCGGUGGGCGCCUGCUCCAUGGCCUCCAGAAUAGGCAGCAUCAUUGCUCCGUACUUCAUUUACUUAAGAAGCUAUUCCAUUUCACUGCCUUACAUCCUGAUGGGAAGCAUUACAGCUCUGUCAGGGUUGCUGAGUCUCCUGCUACCCGAGAGCUAUGGAAUGCCUCUGCCCGACGCCAUCGAUCACAUGCAACACUUCCCCGGAUGUUGUCGGAAGACACCGUAUACGCUCACACACAGCGAAGAAAAGGAAAACGCUGCUGACAGGAAGUCUAAGGAUGGUUUGAACAAGGAGCCACACCGAUACCCGGCUUUUGGCGAAUAACUGGAGAAACAUCACAUCUCUGUCCAUGUUUCUGUUAAAUGGACACAACUUGAAAGGAUUAAUCUGUCGCUGGAUUUUUUGUUUUGGAUAGUGAGGACAGUAGGAAAGAUACUUGUGUAGUUAAAAGUAAAAUAUUUAUGGACUAAUUUAAGUAAUGUUUAGACAAUCAGAGUCGACUUUCGAAAAGCACUGGUUUCAGAAUUAAGAGAAAAAUACAUUUUAAUAAAAUCUGCAAUGUU